AAAAGUUUCUCCAUGGUUCCUUUGUGUCGUCGUCGGAGCUCCCUUCCUGCAACCUUAGAUUCCCCCAGUCUUCCUCGGCGGUGUUGGAGUAGCUAAGGGCAGCUCUCCCCACUACGUCCACCUCCCCCCUGCAACCGCCCUGCAAUCUAGGGGCCCGCGAUGAUCGCCACCGGGGGGCUCUUGAGGAUCUCCGCCAGAAAGCAAGAUCCCCUCCGCCCGCAGAGCCAGGUCCCCAAGCGCAAGAGGAAAGCCAAAAAGAAACGCAAGAACGACGUGGUGGUAGUGAAGGGCAAGUUGAAGCUCUGCUCCAUCUCAGGCCUGAUAGCCCUCUGUGGAAUCCUGGUACUGUUAGUAGGCAUAGCCAUGGCCGUGGUGGGCUACUGGCCCAAAGCCAGUGGGACUCAUCGCGAGGGUGCCAAGCACCUGUCUCCUGGGGGAAGUGGUCUUCAGGCUCUGACCACCGCCAGCAGCAGUGUCAGAGCCAGCAGUAACAACAGUAGCAGCAAACACCAAUGGAGGGACCGCUCGGGGGCUCCUAGUCUAGCCAACUCUGAGUCCAACUCCAGCUCUGUCCUUGCCACUAAGAGCCCACCCCCUGCCCGGGCGGUCUCCCCUUCUUCCUCCUCCUCUUCCUCUUCAUCCACUUCAGUAGGUUUCCUCUUUCAACUCUUCUCUGGUUACUUGCAUUCUGACAAGCUCAAAGUCUUCGGGCCGCUCAUCAUGGGCAUAGGCAUCUUCCUCUUCAUCUGCGCCAACGCAGUGCUCCAUGAGAACCGAGACAAAAAGACCAAAAUCAUCAACUUGCGGGAUCUCUAUUCCACCGUCAUCGACGUGCAUAGUCUCCGAGCCAAAGACCUGGCAGCUGCUGCCGCGGCUGCGGCCGCAGCUGCCUCGUCCUCUUCGGCCACCACCUCCGGCCCUCCAGCUGCAUCCCCUCUUAAUGGCUUCAUCAGCUAUGUGCAGUCUCGGGGCCUGGAACUCAAGCCAGGCAGCAGCAGCCCGGGAGAUGCCUACGGGGCGGCCUCGAUGCUGGCCAAAGGUUCCUGGCACCCCUCGGCACUGGGAGGCGGGGCUGCUGGAGGGGGCCGUGGGGCUAGAGGCCCCCUGUCCCCUCCUGACUUGGCUUCGUCCCCUCGCUGCCCACGGGAGCCCCCUAGCCUAGCUGAGGCGGUGUACAGCAUCUAUCGCGAGCGCUCGGUCUUGGCUGGUCGCCGACGGGCAGCAGCCGCGGCCGCCGCCGCUGUAGCCGCGGCCGCAGCCGCGGCCGCCGCCAGUAGCAGCAGUCCCCCGCCUUGCAGCCCCCCGGAGAGUUGGGGGAGGCAGAGCACAGCCAGCUCCAUAGUGGGCUCGUCCCUCAGCGCCUUCGCCCUGCUGCCCCUGCAAGGAGAUCGGGACGGGAUCGGGGAAGGGGACGGAGACGGGGAUGGGGAGGGUGCCGGCUGCAGUUGGCAGCGGCCUCCGGGCGAGAGGGGCUCCCUAGAGAUUCCGCGGGGGGAGUUUGAAUUGAGUUUGACGGAUCUCAGUGGGAUAGGCAGCCGCUGUGGCAGCUUGCGCCCGGAGCCCCACCGGUCCGAGGACGAGGAAGCCGCAGCGGGGGCGGCUGCAGCAUUCACGGUCACCACCAGGGGGCAGGGCGGCCGUCUGCCCAGGACCGGCAAAUACUUGGCCUUGAGGCGCCAGAGCACAAGCGGACUCCUCAACUGCAGGAGAGCCGCAUCCCCAGAACCCUCACCCACCCCCAGCUCGACAGACGUGGACGUGGACGUUUUGGUGGAAGCUUCCACCGAAACCUCCCUUCCCCUGGGGGCCUCUCCUCCCGCCUUGGCGCGGGCGACCAGGAGAGACUCUCAGAGGUCCCAGUCGGAUCAAUCCAGCAGCAAUAAGGGCUACACCCCACUGGAGGAGGCAGGCACCUCCCUGGAGUCUAUCAUUGACACACCAGCCAGUAAAACCCAGGACUGUGCAGAGAACCCAACCCGGGAGGAGAGCCCCCAGGAGGGUACCAGCAAAGAGCAACAGACAGUUGAGCAACCUCGGCCAGUUCAGAGGCAGUUUACAAAAAAAGAGAAACUCAUCAUGAUCUCCCGGUCUCAUGCCAUAGGGAUGGAGGAUGGAGAAUUGGAAAAUACUGGCCUUUAGAAAAGGAAGUUAACAGGAACCCGAAGAGUGGUCAAAAGAAGGAGGAAGCCACUCACUCGAAUCACUGAAUCUCCAUUUCCCUUGUCUCUGUGGCUUUAACCGAGGGAACAGUCCAAAUCCAAAGAGCUGCAGGGCAGUUUUCCUUGAAUUGAGUUCACAGAAUUUCUGUAGAUAGCUUCCAAGCAAUUUUUAAAAAUGCAAACGAUCCUCUAUGUCCGAUUGUGAUUGUAUGUUACAUGAAAACCAAAAUGUAUUAAAACAUCAGCAAUCUAGUAAUUAGUAAUAUUCCUAAUUUUCUUAGGAUCAAAUUAAUAUAUUUUUGACACUAACAGUGCACUUUAUUGCAGCUUUUGAUUUGAUUUUCUCAAUUCCCUCACCUGUUUACUCCACCCCUGGCUUUGUCAAAAACUACUUGAAAAUGACAAGUUCUUUCCUCCUGUUCUGCACAAAAGUAGCAAGGGUUUUUCUUCAGUUCUCUAGAGAAAUGAUCUUACUAAAUGCUUUCAGAGCCAAAAGCCUGAGCAAGCACUUCAGUAAAACUAAUUAAGAACAUUUACCUUGCCCUGGUCUCCCUCAGCCUCACAGAUCUACCUUCUCUUUUAUCCUCUCCCCCUUCUCCAUCUCCCUUAAAAAAAUGGUAUUUAAUUUUUUUUCUCCUACAGUGUCAUGCUGUAGAGAGACGAUUGGUCAAAGCUGGGAUCUAAUUGGAUUGUUACAUUCCUAAGUUCAAGAUAUCAAGUACAAGAUGAUCUAUUGAGUAUUAUUACAUAUGUAUUGACAAUAGCAUUAAUCUUAACCUUUUUAAUAAAAGUUUAUGAAGAAA